AUGCGGGAGUUCUUCGAACUAUGCGAACCACAUGGCUUGAACACCGUGAACGCCGUGGGAUUCGUGCUGCCCGCUUCCACUGCGAGGCUGACGGCCUCGCAGAAGUAUAUUUUUCACGCCAGCACCCAAAUGUUCGGCAUCGACACGAAGGAAAAGUUCGUGCUGCUUUGCAGCUUCUGCGACGGGCAGGAACCAGCGGCCAUCGUCGUCGUGAAGAAUGCGAAGCUGUUCUAUCAGGACUAUCACCCUUUCAACAACUCCGCCCUCUUCGCUAGCAAUAAGGAUCCCAUGCAAAAGAUGUUCUGGGACUUGGGACUCAAUAGCAACAAGAAUUUCCUGGCAUCUUUAGGCGAGAUGACGCCCGUUGGCCUCGCCAUGACGAGGGAGGUGCUUGUUGAAAGACGAGCUCUUGCUGAGAACCUGAAAAAAUUGCAGGAGCAAAUCCCAAGAGCUGCAUCCAGCUUAACUGCUCUUCAGAAAGAAUGCAGACUCCUCAGAGAAAAGAGAGAGGAGGUGACAAAGGUCGCGGAUGUCGCGGAGGAGAGAGUGAAAAUCCCACUUGAGAAGGAGAAGGCUAUCAACUGCAACGAGUGCAGUAGGACCACCUGCGAAUACCCCGCAUCGAUUUCCAAACCAAGGGACGUCAAGCACUGCCAUUGUAUGACCCGGAACGAACAGAAGAAGAUGAUAUGCAGUAAAUGUGGCUGCUCCUGGAGGAGUCACUCUCUGGAUGCCAAACGCUACGAAGAAAAGUCGAUAUUCAGGAGUAAA